CUGCAACUGGCCCAGGCGCAAGCCAUUGUCCAUUGUUCUACAAACAUCCCUUGUCCACAGGAACCCUUCAUGUGCAGAGGCAGCUGAAAAUCCAGUGAUCGGAACCCUUUCACCUAAGACCAAAGCACCGACCCUGCUUUUUCCCCCCACCCUCAACACCCACCUUUUCACACCAGCCUUAUAUGUAUCGUGCCAUGCCUUGAUUCAUACCUUCACUUGCGGCCACGUACUCCAACAUGGAUCCUCAUACAGACCCAACCUCUCUCAUUGCUAGAGUCGGUGGACAGUGGGCAGGACGCGAUCUUCAGCGCGAAUUUCAGGCAGAAGUCGCAGAGUUGCUUGGUCGCAAGAGCAGGUCCUUCCCAGGCGCCCAACCAGUCUCCUUUGCCGCGAAGCACAUCCAAGAACUGAAGAGAGAGGACUACUACGUGUGUGAAAAGACAGAUGGCUUGCGAUAUCUGAUGUACCUCACUCAAGAUGGCGACAGAGACAUCCACUACCUCAUCGACCGCAAAAACGACUACUACUACGUUCCUGGCCUGCAUUUUCCACACCACGAGGACCCAACCUUCCAUCGCUUUCACAAAGACACCAUACUCGAUGGAGAACUGGUGGAGGACAUAUAUCCGGACCGACCCCCAGUCAUAAAAUUCCUGGUGUUCGACUGUCUGGUCCUUGACAAGAACAGCCUUAUGCAACGACCCCUUGACAAGAGGCUGGCCUAUUGCAAGACCUACGUCCUCAAACCAUAUCAGGCAAUGUUGAAGCAAGACCCCGACAUCGUUCAACCUUUCAUCAUCGAAGACAAGGCUACGGAAUUCAGUUACGCCUUGGAAAAGAUGUUCAAGGAAAUCAUACCCAAAGUGAAAAAGCUGCAUGGCAACGACGGGCUGAUCUUCACAUGCAAAAACACGCCGUAUAAAUUCGGCACCGACGAGCACAUCCUCAAAUGGAAACCGCCGCAAGAAAAUACGGUGGAUUUCUUAUUGCAUAUUGAUUGGGUUCAGUUCGAACCGGACCCUGAGGAACCAGAUCAGGAGCCUCAAGACGACUAUCAGGCUUUUCCCAACCGUUUUGGUCUCUACAUCUCUCACGGCAACGAUAACUACGCCCGUGUUGCCGAUAUGUAUGUUGAGCCCGCGGAGUGGGAAGAAUGGAAGCACAGCGCUAGACCUUUGCAGAACUGUAUAGUCGAGUGUUUUCAGGAGGAUCUGAGCAAGGAUUCGGCGUCCAUGCCCAUGUCCGGGCGAAAUGGUGGCAUGAACGGCACGAACGGGUCCGCUGAGCCGAGACGUUGGCGUUUCCACCGGUUUCGUGACGACAAGACGGAGGGCAAUCACGUCAGCACGUAUACGAGUGUUAUUGAGUCUAUUCAGGAUCACGUCACUGAGGAUGAUCUCCUGGCCAGCGCUGGUGAGAUCCGAACGGCGUGGAAGGCGAGGAAUCAACAGGGUGCCAGACCGGGAGGCAAAUGAGAUUGGUAAUCUGAAAAGGAUGGAAGGAAGAGCGAGGAUCGAAUCGUAUAUCUCCGGGGUUGACUGGUAUAACGGAGGGGGACAUUAUUCUUUCAGCAGGGCGUAAAUGGUCGUGAUCUGGGCUGGAUGGGAAUUCCUCCGGGAUUUGUGAAGGAAGCAAUAUGAUAUGAUACCCCAGAUGGCUUUUUCGGGAUUUUUCCUUCUGAGAUGUGGAAAAUGUUAUUUGUUAUGAAC